UAGUUCAGCAUGGCUCAUAUCAUCAGACUGUAUCCUGAUGUCACAAGGUAGAACUGCUGAAUGCCCACAGAUUCCACUAAUUUGGGAAAAAAAGAGGAGUAACAAAAAUCAACAAACACCGAGGACUGCAUUGGAUUGGAGUCUGUGGGGAGACUACAAAUAUGAACUCCUGUUUCUGUGGUGUUUAAUUGGAUCAUUUUCAUUCCAUUGGGGAAGCUGGCAGCAGUCGAUUACCUCCAUAAUUAUUAUCUUAUAGUAAAUCAAUGAUUUUAGGAUUAGUCCGGAUGCUCAAAGUUUGCAAAUCUUUGCUGUCUCCCCUGUCAAUCUAUACAAGGAACCAGGGGGUGACCUUUCUCUGACUCCUACAAUCCUCCAGGCACAGAGCCGCUCUCCACUGAUCCACGACUGAUCGCUACUGUGGGCAACAGCUCUGUGCUCUGACCGAAUGGUCUUUAAUCCACUUAUUGCUGUCUUCAUCCACUGUAAUCCCCUUCAUAUAAACAUUUAGCGACAUUUUACUGUCAUGCCGUAUGGAGGUCCUGCAUUUUUCGGCUGUUUGCAAGUGAAAGAGCUCAAACAAAUGAAUUCAUGACAGUCCUUGAUUAGGACUAAAUUGUGAUAAAGCUUUGCUUGUGUUUUGCUUCAUUUGUAUCUUUGUUUCCUCAAGACUCCCUAACUGUUUCCCUAGGCCUCUUUGUCUGUUUAGGUAAGAUUAAGAUGCUCGUUAGGCUUCCUACGUAAAUCACUGAUAACCGAGACUCAAGACCUUCAGUGGACACUUGGACAGUUCCUGGAACGUGCAAACUAAGAUAGGAAGGACUCAAACAAAAGGAUACAGAGACCCUGUAACGAGGAGGAUGAUUUUUGCUGAUUUAGGAAGAAGACACCUGGACUUUACUUCACAGCGCAUGCUCUGGAAAGAAGGUCAAGUAGUGAACACCGUGAGAAAGACUACUUACUUCUUCCCUCGACCACUGAAGACCCCCAAUCGAACUUAGGAUGCAUGCUCAAAGGGGUGUUCAACUUAUAUAAAUGGAUUCCAAGAACUCCUUAUCAUAAGACAACCCCUUCCAGGAAAUCUAAUGAAUAUGUGUGAUUUUUGUACGUAAAAACUGAUGUCCCUCACUAAGUCGGGGGAGCCCUUAUGGUGGAGAAUCCUCAGAGGGACCGCAGCGCUGCUAGUAAAGAAUACCUGCUUAACAGUAGAAAACUUUACUGUUGAGUCAGUGUCUUUGUUUCACAAGAUUUUUCUUAAACAAACGCGGAACAAAUUGCCGUGCAGAUGAGAAUCGGAUUAAAAAACAAUCCACCUCAGCAAACCGGAGGGUCAUCAAGAUGGCUGCUACCUCCCAGUUUGCCAGUCGAUACAAAAAGGAUUUGAGUACCGAAACGCUCAGAACAAAAGUUGCACGCAGAAAAUCAAUGCUUCAGAAGGAGAACAGACACAAGUUGUUUGAAAAGGGCAGGCAGUUUGGAUUGGCAGAUGUCAAUGUUCAGCUCUCAAAAGAGAGGGGAAUAUCUCAACUCAGUGAGUCAAGUGAAAUGUGCUCUCAAGAGAACAGUGUAAAACAGAAACGACCUACAGAUGCAGCCACCAAGAAGAUUAAUGAGCGCAAGGAAAUGCUCCAGCGCUAUAAAGAAGAAAAGGAGCUCCGAAAACUGAGAGAGCAGAGAGAGAAAGCAAAAAAGGGUGUGUUUAAAGUUGGGUUAUAUAGACCAACUGCACCUGGAUUUCUUUCACUUGUACCUGAAGUUCCAGUGAUAGUGAAGCCAAGAGAAAAGACAGCUCCUGAUUUCUCCGGGAGGAUUACUCGAUCAAAGGCCAAGAACCAAGAAGAAAAAACUGUGAUAGCAGCUACAUCUAAGCACUCUACGGUGUCUGCCAAUGGACAUAGUGUGCGCCCUACACAAGCAGGACGUAAACUGAUGAGUACAGCCAAAGGGGCUGAGAAAGAGAAAGUGUUGCAGACUGCAAUCCAGACAGCCUCGGAUGUAAGAAUCACCAGAGCAGCCGCCUCUGCAGCAAGGCAGGUGCUGAAAACAGCUACUGCUGGUAACCAGUCACAGAGAAAGACAGCAAAUGUAGGAAAGCAGAAGAAAGCCAUCAAACCUGAUAUCAUGGAGAUAAUUCCUUCUAAACUUGAAGUGGAUAAAAAAGCUCAAGUGGAUCCAGCAAUGGAAAGUUCUGCAGCCGAUUCUAAACAUUCAGUGUUGGUAGAACUUCAACAGAAACAAACAUCAGAGGAAAACAAAACCAAUUCUGCUCCAGGGAGACCCAGAACACGCUCUUUUGCACCUCAAAACUUUGUGUUUCAGCCAUUAAAUGGAUUAGCGACCUACAAAGUUACACCCAUGAGUCCUGCUAGGGCAAGUGCAUUUUUGACACCUGUUGCCUUCUGGGAUUUUUCUAAAUCUCCAGUUCAUAUAACUGAAAAAUCCAGUGAAACUGAGGCACAAGAGCCUAAUUUAAAAAGUCAAGCUUCACCUGCUGAUAAAGGCAUUCAAGAACAGCAAACCACUACAAGUUUGAAAGAAGAAAAAGCAAGUGAAUCAGAUGAGAAGACUUCCAUCCAGAGAUCAAAUGAGAUAAUUCCUGUCUCUCCAGAUACAACAGCACCUGAAACAAAGUCAGAUGAUGUAAGAGAGGAAGAGCAUGGUGUGGGCUAUUUCAGAAACAUUCUUCAGUCUGAGACAGAGAGGCUGAUGUCUCAGUGCCUCCAGUGGGAUGGAAAAUUUGAGCUGGAUAUUCCAGAGGAUGCUAAAGAUCUUAUUCGCACCACAGUUGGUCAGACAAGGCUUCUCAUAGCAGAAAGGUUUAAACAGUUUGAAGGACUGGUGGAUAAUUGUGAAUUUAAACGAGGGGAAAAAGAAACAACGUGUACAGACUUAGAUGGAUUUUGGGAUAUGGUUAAUUUUCAGAUUAAAGAUGUGAAUAAAAAAUUUGAUAACUUGAAGAAGCUUCAAGACAAUGAGUGGCAACCACUUGAUGUCCCAACCAAAGCAACUGUCAAGAAGACGGCUGUUCCAAAUGGGGUGUCUAAACCAAAGCUGGGAGCAGCUGGCAGAACUGCUGCCCGAAACCGUCUUGCUGCUGUAAAAGCAGCUAUGAGGGCUAAAAUGAAUCAUGAUGGUGCUGGUGAUGGUCCACAUCAGGAGAAGCUACCAGAAGUAGAAACAGUAGUUUUUGAAGCGGGAUUUUUCAGAAUUGAAAGUCCUGUGAAAACCUUUCCAGGUUUGCUUUCAAAGACACCUCUUGGAUCUUCCUCGCGCACUUCUGGAAAACUGGCCACUCCAAGAUCAUCCAGUAGAGCUUUGCUUCAGAGCAUCCCUUCUGUUCUUCGUAACCCCAAGGAUACAACCGCAAAACAAACAACGCCAGUGCUCAAAGGCUUCCACCCAGCACAAAAUUUGGAAAUGCACCAAUUUCCCACUGGAAAAACUCCCUCACUGGAAGAACUUCCUGGUGGUUUUCUUGAACAAAGCAUUUCUACAGCUGAAGAACAACACUGUCCUGCUGCUGGCACAGCAGAGGGGGCUGAGGUGCUGGAAAAUUCUAGCAGUGAAUUAAAAGUAACGGAUGGCAUGGAAGUGAUGGAACUAUCUGCUGCAGAGCAACAAGGACAAGAUAUUGUCAUGUGCAGCCCAGAGAAGGAGAUCUGCCCAGAAACUAAUUUUGAUUACUCUGGAGAACCAAAAAUACAUCCAACAGAUGUUUCAUGUAGUGAUUUGACAUCCAUUGGCAGAAAUCCUUCGCCCAUGCUGGAUGCUGAGCUUCCCUUCACUCCAGUCAAGAGCAAAGCCCAGAAGUUUGCAGCAGCUGAAGCAUUCAGUGACCUUAUUGUAUUUUCUCCCCUUUCUCCUGGGGAGAAAUGAAGAGUUGACUUGAAAUUCAAAAUGUGUAAAUUGUAUUAACAACAAACCCACGGAGGAUAUCUGGAAUACGCUGCUACCCUGGAACUGUGUUCUGAGUGAAUGAACACCUUUAGUAUUUUGUAGUGGAGUUUAUUAAAAUAUUUUGUAACCUUAUGGGGCAGUUGUGUGCUGUAAGUACUGCUGUACAUUAGUAGCAGCGUGUUUGGUUAUAUCUGUUAUAUCCAGAUUGCAUAUUUUUAACUACAGCCUGAAAUAUUUUUAUUUUUCUAUAAUUUCAUGUUUUUCCUGUCUACUCCAAGUUGUAAAACUAUUCCUCCUUUAAGCUUUUCUGUCCUGACCUUACCACAGGAAUUAUUAUUAGAAGAUGCCUCCCAGAGUGGCUGUACCUGUGCCCUGUUUCUGAUGUGAGGGCACCUCUGGGGACAGGACUGGGCCUGCUGCCUCCCCCAGAGCAUGGUUCCAUCUCGGUGCUGCUGUCAGGGGCCUGUUGCACCCCUGGGCUCUGGCAUUCUGUGCAUUAACAACUGCUAAUUGGCAUCUGCUCAGGGUUCGAUGUGGGCCAUUCUUUCCUGUGGGAGUCUGCUGGGUGUUUACCAACCACUUGCUUUGUUAGUAGUAGAAACUAUCUCAGCACAAGGAUUUCUGAGUCAGAUAAUAUCUUUUCCUGGCUGUGUAUUAAAAUAGGGCAUUGAUUAUUAUUUCCUUUAAGGACUCAGUUAUCUGUUGAGCAUCUUGAGUACCCUCAAGCCAAACUCUAUUCUCUCUGCUUUUUCAUGUGAAAAUCUCUCAGGCUCUUUGAACACUUGACAUGUAAACCUCAGCCUCUUCUCACAUCUUGUUCCUUAUGCAUUCUCCUGUCUGCACUGUAAUAUAUUUAUGCAUAAGAGCACACCAGUUAUACUCUAUAUUUGAGUAAUAGUAUUAGAGUACUUGUAGUUGCUAUAUUUUUCAGUGAUACCUAACUGGGCUGCUUUUUUGUAAUGGUGAUCUUAGUGUAAUACACACAUUCUUCCACUAGCCUUUAUUUUAAACCUAAAUCAAUUCAAAUCCCUCAGCAAGUGUUGCCACUACAGCUGGGGGAUCGUGUCUGACAGAAGUUUUAACCUGGAAGCUGUGUACUGGUUACACUGAAAUAAAUAGAGGAAGCUGAUGUGAUUUGGUGUUACUGUGCUGGAGCCAACUUCCUCCUUCCUAAACUCGAGUUGUAGUGGUUCGAGGCUACUGCAUCUGCUGGAAAUUUUAACCUUGUGCUUGUUGGGAUGUGACAGCUCCAAGUGUAAAUGACACAACUGUUAUAAAAGAGUAUGAGACAUACCAGAGAUCCUUGAAAACUUCAGUCCUGGCUCUUGCACUGUUCUUGUU